CCCAACUCGGGCUGCGCUUCACUUGUCCCCUCCGCCUUCAACCACGCUGCCGUCAGCUCCCCGGAUACCGCUCAAUACUCGAUCCUGUGCCGUCGCGCGCAUCGGCAGCUCCUGUCGCGUGUCCAGCCCUCCCCACACGGCCUCGAACCGGCAUCCGCAACUUUGCCCAUAACGAACCGCGCCGCUCCUCCAACACGCGGACCUCCCCACACGAAAAGAGCCGUUGCUCGGCUGCGAUCAGUUGCUUCAGGUCACCGAACCCAUAAUUGGACGCGUCGAAACACCCCUCUACUGCAGACCGAGCUUUCCCGGACAACCGAACCAUUCCUUCCCAUAUUCAAGCUUCGAAAACGGCUUUCUGGAAACAUAUCGAGAAGGGUGGCCCGGCCUGUGGCAGGCGCGGGGUCACGUGGACCGGCGUAGGAGAUGCAGACGGCAAAAACAAAGGCUGAUGCCACGGGGAAGAAGGCGAAGCUCGCCAACUCGUAUCAAGCACUCCUUGAUGAAUUCUCCAACAAGGACCUUAAAAAUGUUGGCAACUAUACCCUUGGGAGGCUCAUAGGCAAAGGCUCCUUCGGCAAGGUGUACCUCGCCACACACAAGCUCACCAACGGCUCGAAAGUCGUGCUCAAGUCCGCGAAGAAAGACGACUCGAAUCUUGCCCGAGAAAUCCAUCACCAUCGCCAAUUCGUUCACCCCCACAUAGCUCGCCUGUACGAAGUCAUUGUCACGGAGAAUCUGGUCUGGCUGGUUCUCGAGUACUGUCCAGGCGACGAGCUUUACAACUAUCUCCUCAAGCAUGGCCCUCUGCCAGUGGAAAAGGUCCAGAAAACUUUUACACAACUCGUCGGCGCCGUCUCCUUUGUCCACCAACAACAAUGUGUACACCGAGAUCUGAAACUCGAAAACAUCCUGCUCGACAAGCAUGAGAAUGUCAAAUUGGUGGACUUUGGGUUUACGCGCGAGUACGAGGGCAAGUCGAACUAUCUCCAGACCUUCUGUGGCACAAUAUGUUAUUCGGCACCAGAAAUGUUGAAAGGGGAGAAGUAUGCUGGAGAGAAAGUCGACGUCUGGAGCUUGGGUGUGAUUCUGUACGCGCUUCUGUGUGGGGAACUCCCGUUCGACGACGAUGACGAUAACGUGACACGGCAGAAGAUCCUGACGGAAGACCCCAAAUACCCCGAACACCUUCCUGCCGAGGCUGUCACGCUUUUAAAGCAGUUGCUUUCCCGACGGCCACUUCUGCGACCUACGCUGCCAGACCUCCUCUGUCACCCUUUUCUUGCCGAGCACGCGCCCCAGCAGCAGGCAAUCCUGAAGCUGCACCAGCCAGCCCCAUUCACCACCGCUCUCGAAAAGGAAACGUUGCAGCGCAUGCGAGGUGCUGGCGUCGACAUUGACGCUGUCAUCGAGAGCGUUAUUUCGAGGCGUUGCGACGCACUUGCUGGGUGGUGGACUCUUCUUUUGGAAAAGGAGGAACGGAAAGCGAAGCGGCGGGAAAAGAGACAGAAGGAGAAGGAGGCGGAGAAGAGGACAUCACGGCGAUGGUCAGCCGCAUCAAGCAAGCUGGAGCGCAUGGCCCCUAUACUCGACGAGGACCCAAACGGCCAUCUCGAUCAGCUCCCUCUCCCAAGGACACGCUCUAGGGGACGCCCAGAGAGGAGGAGCGCCCACUACUCUGAUUACGCCAUUACGGAUCUGCCGGACCUGCCCGAGGCGAGGGAGCGGAAACAGCAGUUGAAUGACGGUGAACUGCCGCCGCCUCCCAUUGACAAGGACUCCCUACGCUCACCCAGCACGUCACGUCACCGCCGUCCAGUGCCACCUCCAAAGGAAGGCAUACUCAGAAGCGCGAGGUCUCGCGGCUCGACGCUACACCUAGUCACGACUGCGGAUGCACUCCAUGCUGCAAGUGCGAAAUUGGAGAACCAACCACAGAAGACGCGAAAGCGACCCACACAGGCCAUCAUCGCGCAAUGGAGACACUGGACUCAUUGGAUACGCGAGAGCACCCGGAAGCACAAGCCGAACAAGCGAGGCAGCUUCUCCACCCCGAAUCUGGUGCCGAAGGAUGCCCAAUCCGACAAUGGCGGCAAGAGCUCGAAGCAACCUAGUCCUCGGCCGCAGACAAGCAAGUAUCCGACUUCAGCAACUGCGCCAGCCAACUCUGGCAACAAUUCGCCAAGGCUGUACAACAGUGAUGGCCGUGGAGCUGGGCGAGGGUUGUCGAUAAAUACUCAUGACAGCAACCAGACCAUCUCCGCCCCUUUGGGCACUCCAGGUUCGCAGGCACCGCCACGGCUUUCUUCAGCAUCGUACAAGCGCCUUUCGUUGUCGCCAGGACCAUUGACACCGAGAUCUACGGUUCGCCGCACGUCUGGCUUACGUGGAAGGAAGUCUACGUCAUCGUCCUUGUCCUCAAUUCGAACGAUGCCGCACCAUCAACACACACAUUCCAAGGCCAGCUCAACAAGCUCUGCCGGGUCGAUAUCCACGUCUAGAACACCAGGAAGAUCACCGCAUCACUCAGUCAAAGUGCUGCCCAACACACCGACGAGUACCUCGUUUCCUUCCAACAUCCGGCUGGUACGCGGACCGGUGUUGAGUUUCGACUUUAACGAGACGAUGCCUUCGGGCAGCAGUGGGAUGGACCGUCCGCCGAGCUCGCCAAACCCCUUUGGGUCUGGCGCCGUCUUGUUUGCAAAGCGGAAACGCAAUCUUUUCAAGGGCCCAAUGCUCUCGUUCGGAAGCCAGCAGCAUCAUCACCCGUCCCCUAGCGCCUCAAGGUCUGCCGGCCAUAGCCGCAGCGCCAGUGGUAGCGGCCUUGGUCGGCGUAGCGGAGAACUUCCCAUUCAAGAGGAAGAUGAAGAGAUUGCCGAGGUGCCCACCAUGGAAGAGGAGGGGGAGGAGGAAAUUGAGGAGGUUGACCAAUUCAGCCCAAUCAUCCGCGCACCGGGUGAGAUCAUAGAGGAGAUCUACGAGGGGGGCGAGGAAGAAAAGGCCGUUGCGCCUGGGAUUCUUCUGGAGCCUGCGCCGAUUGUAGGCGCUGCUACCAAGACGAGGGAGGGAGAUAUAAAGGAAUGAUUUGAUACCCCCAGACACCAUGAGUUUCUAGAGAAGCCAGGUACAAUAGCUGUACAACAUCACAAAACAGCCCGCGCCAGUUGGACCGAUAGACACCGCCUACAGCGCGGGCCUGUAAUUAUGUUUCUAUACUUCAAUUUACAUUCCCUUUUGUCGUUG